CGCUCGCCAGUCAGUCCAGCUGGUAAUGUAGGUUAACUUUCGCGUUGUGUACUUAUCUAUACGUUUUUCCGGAAAAAUGUAUUAUUUUUCCGUGUGUCUUAAUAUCUUAAUAUGUUUUUAAUACACGUAUGAUUCAAUCAUAAACGUCGUCAGUGAGGUUUAGUCGAUUGCUCAGUUCAAGAUGAGUACGUACAGCAGCGGUGAGUGUUGAAUAUAUUAUACUAUUUUUUAUUGUAUAAUAGUCAUAGGCGCAACAAGACUUCAAAUUCUGGGUGUGUUUGUAUAACAUUACAAAACUUAUAUAAAUUUGUAAAACACUUUUAUAGCAAUCACUGGCGUAUACUUAGAGAUGUAAAUUGUAUUUAAGAAGCGUUUUAUUGUAACUUAAUUAAAAAUAAAAUAAAUUUAUACUAAGGUCACUACUCUAAAAUGCAAUAUUGAUUGAGUUAUUAUUAUAUUAGUUUUUAUUGAGCAAUAAGUCAAUCAUUUGUAUUUGGUUUAUGAGUUAUACUAAAAUGCUACAGUAAAAAAAUGUAAACUAUUAUUAGUAGUAUUUUUUUGUUACUAUCAUAGAUUAAAUGUUAAUGUUUUUAUAGUACAGAUAUUUUAAUAGAAAACUAUUAAGUUGUUAUUAUAUUUUUGUUUGUAGAACUUUUACAUUUUUAAGAACUUUGCAUCUCAUAUUCAUCAAAUCUACAAUUAAUUACAAAAAAUACCGAAAAAUUUAUUGAAAAAUUUUCUUAUUAGGUUUUUCGAUGAACAACCUGUAAAAUUUGUAUCUUAAUUCAGUUGUAUCGAUUUAUCGUAAACUUUGUUUGUGUUGAACUAUAUAGUUUAUACUUUUUAAAAUGUUCUAAUAAAUAUUUAUUACUUUUUAUAUAUUUUACUUGUUAGUUAUUAGUUACUUACUUAAACAUUACAUUUCACCGUAACUAGAUAAAAGUGAUGUAAAAAUAUAUAAAUACAGAAGUAUAAAAAUUGUAAGAGUUAUAAUUUAUACGUCAAAACUAUAAUAGGUAUACGAGUAUAAAUUAGUAUACAGUGAAAUUGGACGAAAAAAAAUUCACGAUUUUGAUUGACUCGUACCACAAAUUCGGCUAGAGCAUAAUAUACUGUAUUAUAAAACCUAAAAUAAAGAACAGUAUUUUUGCAUCUCUACGUAUACGCAAGUCUUGGUUUGUGUUGAGGGUGAGGGGUGGAAAGUUUUUUUAAAAUAUAUAUACAGAAUAAGGUACGUUAAUAAAUGUUACAGUUAUAAAAAUAAAAUCAAUGGAGGGAGGGUUGACUUUUCAUAUCAUCCACUCUCCCCCUUGUAAACGCCUUUCACUCCAUAUAUUAGGUGAUAUUUAGAUUAUCAAUAUUAUUACACUUCAUAUUAAAUUUUUCUAUAAAAAGCGUGACACACUUCGCAAAAUAAGUGGGCCACUAAUGAAGGUGGCAUUAGGUAAAAUAUCAGGAGCCGUAUAAUCAAUUAAAAAGCUGAAAACUCUGAAAUAUAUCCAUAUUAUUAUUCAAUACAAUAUUCAAAUAUUCGUUAAAUCAAAUAAUUUAUUAAUAUAAUUUAAUUAUAUUUUACCUAUGUUAUUGAAUUUAACUGCAUUUUAAGUAGUAAAAUGUUGUGUACAUCUAUUAUAAUGCGUACAUUGUGCGUUUACAAAAAAAUUAUUUUUUUUUUUGGGGGAGGGGGGAGGGAGUUAGAUUACGGUUUUACAGCGAGCUAAAGUUUUACACUUUCAUACUCUUAUAACAAAGAAGUUCACAUUUACCUUGAAUUGUAGGAUUAUUUAUUUUUUUAUUAAAAAUGUCAAUAUUUUACAACAUUCAAUUUUUAGCCAUUUAGGUGUACCUAUUACUAAAUUUUACAUUUAAUAUUUGUAAUUGAUAGAUUGAAAAUAUUCAAUAUAUAUUUAUAAACAAAUAUUUAAUUUUUAAUUUUAUCAUAAAAUGUAUUAUCAAUUAAAAGAUAAUAUUUUAGAUGUUAUGUUCAUUUUUAUUUACUAUAACAACAUUAAAUAUAAAAUAUUUAUAUGAACAAUUAAUAUGAAUAAUAAUAAUAAAUAUAAAUAUUAUAUUAAUAAAUUUAAUGUUGAGCAAAUAUUAAAAAAAAAAUUUCCUCAAUACACACUAAUAUUGAAUGUAUAUACACUUAUUUUUGUAUUGGAAAAUAAAUGAUUACUCAACACGAAUUAAAUGUUUUGUUAUUACUUGGGAAUAUUUAAAAUCAGUCAAAUAAUUUGGGGGUGCCAAAAAACUAUUUUGGUGAUUUUAAUCACCCCUAAGUCCCUUAUUGCGCCUAUGGUAGUCUGUAUUUUACUCGGUGAAUUUUACGUAUUUGGGUGUGUUCAGAGGAGCUGUUAGACGCUGGAAUUAUCUAUCGGAAUAAAAAAGAACAGCUCGACGUGACUAUUGGAGAUGGAAUGGAAUUACUUAUACGAGGAGACAAAACCAAAAAAAAGAUACCACCGACGAGUACUUCGUACAAUUCGUUUGGCAUGCAUCAGAGCAGUACUGACGAAAAUUAUUACUUCAGAGAUAAAUACGAGUAUGAUACUAGAAGGUAGCCUUAUAUUUUAAUUUUUGUUUUGAUACAAUUAUCAUUUGUAUACACCUAACGCUAAGAAAUAUACAUUUACUCAAAAGUGUGGUUACUCACUCUUUCAAUCCAAAUGCCGUAUACCUUUUUGAUUUACUGUGACACGUCAAUCAGUGUUAUCAAGUACUAAUUAUUAUUUAUAUUGUAAAUUUACUACCUACACUUAUUUAUUAUAAUUUAUUGAAACAAAAAUAGAUUUUUAUAAAAUUAAAAUUAUAAUCGUUUAUAGAUUUUAAUUUUAAACUCGAACGGAGACACAAUUUUAAAAAGUUAUAGUGGAAUAAUAAUUAUUGUUUCAAUAGUACAAAAUCGUACGGAAGUCACGAACACGACCCUUUCGACAGCGAGAGCCACAGAGGGAGUAAAAGGAGUUUGCACAACUUCGAAGAGAAGAAGGAUCUUAGCAAAGAAGACGUCAAUGCCGAGCAACAAGGUGCGUGGUGAUUUAAAUGGUUUAAGGGGGAUUCACACUAAAUCUCAAUUUUCAAUCCUCCAAUUUAAUAUAUUUAGCUAUCAUGAAUAUUACAGUUCUCGUAAAAAAUAUUAAACCAUGCUGCCCAAAAUAUGAAUGUUUUUGUGAUGAAACAUCCGGUGCGGUUAAUUCUAAAAGUUAAAUUAUCCGACGUUUCGAAAAAUUAACCGAUGUUUUGUAACCAUAAAAUAUUCAAUCGAUGUUUAAUUGCUUUAUACCCUGAUUGGUUAACGGUCAAAUGAUAAAAGCUGUUAUGUGAAAUAUAUUUUUUGAAUUUAAUACCAGUACUAUGUUUUUGGGUACAGAUGAAAAUGACGGAAUUCCCGCGGAAGGACCCAACGAAGAAGAAAAGGAACCAGAAAUGGAAAUGGUUGAAGACGUGUUGGAAGAAGAAGAAUAUCCCGAAGACUGUUUUUCACCAAAAUGUUACAAAAGAUUUCCGUUCUUAGCUGGCGACGAUGAAACCCCGUUUUGGCUUGGUUGGGCCCAACUCAGACUGAAAACGUUUCAACUUAUCGAGAACAAAUAUUUCGAAACCGCUGUCAUCACUAUGAUUCUACUCAGCAGUCUUGCGCUCGUACGUACAUACUUACGUUUAACCAAUGUAAAUAAAUAGGUGUUCUAACUUUAUCAAUUUAUCAUAAUACUCAACAGGGUUCGCGUUUCCGGUGGUUUCUUUGUGAGUUCUUAGAAACAUUUGUUUUCUGAAAGAACUCUUGAUACCUACUAUUUACUUUUAUAUUUAUAAAAUAUCAAACUAUUCAAUUUGGACUAUUUUAAGAAAAAUAUAAAACCUAAAAAAAAAAAAAAAAAAAAAUGUAAUAAUAAUGUUUUUUAGGCACUCGAGGACGUACACCUUCAACAUCGACCGGUGUUGCAAGACAUUUUGUAUUACAUGGAUCGGAUAUUCACUGUUAUAUUCUUUUUGGAGAUGUUGAUCAAGUGGUUGGCGUUGGGUUUUCACAACUACUUCACGAACGCCUGGUGUUGGUUGGACUUCAUAAUCGUCAUGGUAAAGUGAAAUGAUACGCAUUUUGAUUUUGAACUGUUUAUUUUAUUUAUCGCCGUUUAAAAUAACAACGUUAUAUCUGUUCGUCUAAAUUGUAUACAAAAUGUGCAAUCAGUCAUGAUUCGAUCCGCAUUUUCGUGAGAAGUAUUAUAAUUUAUUAACACGUUCACCGUUCUUCGUCGCGAUUUUGUACCUAUAUCCUACCUACCUACAUGCAUACAUUUUGGACUCUAUAAAAUAUUGUCUUGUAUAAUAGUUGUCAUUAGUAAACUUGGCAGCGAUUUGGUUUGGGUUCGCCGAUAUACCAGCAUUCAGGUCAAUGAGAACUCUUCGGGCCUUAAGACCCCUGAGAGCGGUUUCUCGUUGGGAGGGUAUGAGAGUAAGUACCGCGGCCUGUCGGAAAAUGUGUGAUGUGAUGGACAUUAUAUAUGAUUUAUUGUAUACUCACUAUCUGUGUUAUUUUCUUUUUCAUUGUGUAUAUAUAUUAUUAUAUUCUAUUGAUGCGUUUGUUAUAUAUUAUUUAUUUAUUUUUUAUUUUUUCUAAUGGCCACAAAAAACAAAUACAAAGCCAUAUCCGCUGCUACACGAAGAUUGAAAAUUAUUAUUAUAAUUAUAUUAUACCUAAUACAUUUAAUUGACUUGCAGUGAUUUUUUGCCUGGGAUGUUUUGUGUGCGUAUGCGUGUGCAUUUGUUUCGUGGCAAAACUGGCAGUCGGGGACGUCCUCUGGCUGUUACCUAUACUAUAUACCAAUAAAAUAAUAUAAAAAUGUAUUUAGAUUAAAAAAAAAAAAAAAAAAAAAAAAAAAAAAAAAAACAAAAAAAAUUAAAAAAAAAAAAAAAAAACACCCACCCUUAUUACUGUUAAACCAAAUGUAUAAUAAUAUUAUUAUGCACUUUCGGACGGAUAGUCAGAUAAAUAACGGAUAAAUCGAUCCGAAGACCGCGACCGAGGAGCUGUAGGGUGCCCUGCAUACCGAUCGAAUUUUUUUUUUGUUUUUUUUUUUUUUUUUUUUUUUAUAUUAUUAUUAUUUAUUCCUAUAUACAUACGUAUAUAUAAUAUAUAUUACACGUGUAUUAUAUAAUUAGAGUAUCGGUAUUUGUCCCCGAACGCUACACUAGACCAUUUAGAUGGUAUACGAUAUCAAAUUGAGUUCAUAAAAAACAAAAAUAAAUUAUUCGCAACACUGUAGUGCUAUAGAACGAUUUUCCUCCCCGUCGACUUUUAUUAUAGGUUUUGAAAUAUUUACCGUCGAUUUUAUAACAUUAUUAUCAACCAUAUUUAUUUUUUUUUUUUUUUUUUUUUUUUUUUUUUUGAAUGACAAUAUGCAAUACAUAUCAAUUUAACACUAUACCUACGGCCAUCAAUAUUAUUUUUUUUAUUAUUAUUUUUUCUGCUCUAUAACUUUGUUAUGUGUGCGUUUUCUAUGGCUCUACUUCACACAGGUAUCUCUGAUAAAUUUUGUCGCUGCCUUGUUGGGAGCCAGUGGAAUCCAAGCUUUCAAAACUAUGCGAACUCUAAGAGCUUUGAGGCCACUGCGAGCUAUGGCUAGAAUGCAGGGUAUGAGGGUACGUGAUCGACAAAUAUUACAAUACUAUCAAAUACUUACGUUUUAUGAUCCAGUAUAUUAUUAUUUUUUUUUUUUUUUUUUUUUUUUUUUUUUAACACUGAUUAUGUCGUAAUUUUUAUUAUUUUUGAUUAGGUAUAUAUUAUAAUAGCAAUGUGUACAUAUACAAUUUUUUUAUUAUAGCUAUAAUAUAGUUAUACCAAGUCUGCGUACGUUACGUUACGUUACGCACUCCGACGUGCGCAGGCAAAACACUCGAACGACAAAUCGUUUGAACCGUACGGAAUUGGCUGCCAUUCGAUACAUACAAUAAUAAAUAAUACUGUAUGAGUAGAUGAAAACCCGCAUACCCUUAUGACGCUAUUUUCGAUGUUUUUUUUUUUUUUUUUUGUUUUGUUUUUUGCACCGUGUUUGGCUUGUGGCGUACGCCGUGUGACUAAAUCAUUAUGCGUGCCGCGCAUGGUAUUUAUUAUAUGUACGCACUUUACGUUAUAAGGCAUGUUUUGCUUUGAUCGAAUUUUGUUUUAUCGAUAUAUUACAAUGUUAUUAUAUUUUAUUAAAAAAAAAAAAAAAAAAUAAUAAUAAUAAUAUUAAUAAUUAUGCUGUUAUAUUGUAUCGUUGUAUAAUAAACUGUCGUAUUAUAUAUAUACAUAUCAGGUGGUCGUAAACGCGUUGGUACAGGCCAUUCCGAGUAUUUUCAACGUGUUGUUGGUGUGUCUGAUAUUUUGGCUGAUAUUCGCCAUAAUGGGCGUACAACUCUUCGCCGGGAAAUAUUACAAGGUAAAACGUUAAAAAUUAAAUUAUCCAUUCCCCUACCUAUACGCAAUAUUGGAGUACAUUAUUGUAACUAGCGGCAUAAGUGUAGGCGCUUUCCAUUUGUAAAUUUCUAAAUUGAAAAUUGUCGCAUUGCUUGUUGAAAAGACGUACCUAAUUAAAUUGGGACAGAACUGACGUGACGCGCCAACGAAAGUAAUAUUUUUACCUGUAAAUAUUUUGUGUUUUCUUAGUGUGUUGAUAAAUUCGGAAAAACGUUAAAUCACGAAAUCAUACCAGACAAAAAUGUCUGUCUGUCUGAAGGUUACAAAUGGUCAAACUCUAAAAUGAAUUUUGACCACGUGGGAAACGCAUAUCUGUGUCUUUUCCAAGUGGCUACAUUUAACGGAUGGAUGGAAAUAAUGAGAGACGCCGUCGACUCGAGAGACGUAAGUGUAUAUUUCACUAUUGACUAUUGAAAUGUUUAAAAAUGUAUACAUAAUAUUAGUAUAUUUCGUUUUAUAAACGAUCAAAAUAUUGUCUCAAAAAAAAUCAUUUUUUUUUUCCAGGCUUACGGGAAACAACCGAUUCGUGAAAAAAAUAUUUAUAUGUAUUUUUAUUUCGUAUUUUUUAUAAUUUUUGGUUCGUUUUUCACACUUAAUUUGUUUAUUGGUGUGAUUAUUGACAAUUUUAACGAACAAAAGAAAAAAACAGGUAAUAAUAAUUACAAUACUAUAGUAUAAAUAUAUCUAUAGACACUACACUACUCUUUGAUGUAAGAGAAUAUUAUGUUUGAGUGGUUUGGACAUAUUGUGAUGAACAGAAUCUAGCCGGAGGUUGUAAUAAGUUUGUAAGAACGAUUUUGCAAAUGAAUGAGUAAGAAAGGACAGGAAAUUGUCAGAAUGAGAAAAGAUAGUCUCUAACAGUUAAUGCAUAGAUGAUAUGUGAGAAAGUGUCAGAUGGAGAUUUAGGAUUAAAAUGAUGGACCUCAAAAAGUUGGGAAGAGAGGCAAAGGAGAUGAAAAAAAAAACAGAGGUAGCGAUUGCAAUUUUUAUUAAAAUUUUAUUCCAAUCGUGAUUAUUGUUCAAAUUUCUUGGAUUUUUAAAACUCUUUAACCGAUUGUGCAUUAAUACAAUUUUAGGCGCAUCACUCGAAAUGUUUAUGACGGAGGACCAAAAAAAAUAUUACAACGCCAUGAAAAAAAUGAGUUCUAAAAAACCACUGAAAGCCAUUCCUAGACCUAGGGUAACACGUACAAUUUUUUACGAUAACUAUUCACUUUUUUUAUUUACACCGUAAAAAUUCUGCGUGAUUUAGUGGCGGCCGCAAUCGAUCGUUUUCCAAAUUGUAACGGACAAAAAAUUUGACAUGCUCAUCAUGUUGUUCAUCGGGUUGAACAUGUUGACGAUGACGCUUGACCAUUAUCAACAAGACAAGUUGUUUACGGAUGUGCUGGAACGUCUCAAUCAGAUAUUUAUUGUGAUAUUUACGGGUGAAUGUUUACUCAAGAUAUUCGCUCUGCGGUAUUAUUACUUCAAGGAGCCGUGGAACUUGUUCGAUUUCAUCGUAGUCAUCCUUUCCUUGGCGGGUAACAAUAAUAUUGAAUACAUAUGAAAAUAUAAUUUGUUUAUAACUGUACCUUAACGGCUGUUUCGUGAUUUAUAUUGUGUUCAACCUUAGGUUUGGUGCUGAGUGAUUUAAUCUCCAAGUAUUUCGUGUCACCGACUCUUCUUCGAGUGGUCCGAGUGGCAAAAGUGGGCCGAGUUUUACGUUUGGUCAAAGGUGCCAAAGGUAUUAGAACUCUGCUGUUCGCAUUGGCCAUGUCUCUCCCGGCCUUGUUCAAUAUAUGCCUGUUAUUGUUUUUGGUUAUGUUCAUAUUCGCCAUAUUUGGUAUGUCGUUCUUUAUGAACGUAAAACCCCACGGCGGCUUGGAUGAUGACUAUAACUUUCGUACGUUCGGCCAAUCGAUGAUCCUUCUUUUCAUGGUAAGUAGCUAACCGCCGCUGUAUGAUCAGUUUGCGGUACUAUAGUUCUACUGUAGUAACCAUGGUACGGUCCUAGUUAGUUGAUCUAGAAAGUUUAGACGUGGCUAAUUUGACGGUAAUAUUGCAAUAGUCAAAACAUUUUAAUCCAGUUGAAUAUAAUACGAAUCUUCGAAUAAUGUUUUUAUGUUAUUUUAUGCACAAGUAAAAUUAGCCCAAUACUCGUCGACGACAAUUAUUAAUAAAACUACGUCCAAAUGAUCACGCCUCUUUCCGCGUGCCAGUACUUAUAGAAAUUUGUUAACCGCUGAACGCAAUGUUUUCAGUUGUCCACGUCAUCAGGCUGGGACGCGGUGCUGGACGGUAUAACGAACGAGGAGGACUGUCAAAUGCCUAAUACGGAGAUGGGUAUCACGGGCAAUUGCGGUAACACGACCGUGGGCACGGUAUUCUUGCUCUCGUACCUGGUUAUCAACUUCCUGAUCGUGAUUAACAUGUAUAUCGCAGUGAUUCUAGAGAACUAUUCGCAGGCCACCGAAGACGUGCAGGAGGGUCUGACCGACGACGAUUACGACAUGUACUACGAGAUAUGGCAGCAUUUCGACCCGGACGGCACCCGGUAUAUCCGGUACGAUCAGUUGUCCGAUUUUCUGGACAUACUCGAGCCACCGCUCAAGAUCCAUAAGCCGAACAAGUACAAGAUAGUAUCUAUGGCUAUACCGAUAUGCAAGGGCGAGCUCAUAUAUUGCGUGGACAUAUUGGACGCACUGACCAAAGACUUUUUCGCACGCAAGGGCAACCCUAUUAUCGAGUCCGUUGCCGAAAUCCAGCAGAUACAGCAACGGCCGGAGGAGACGGACUACGAGCCAAUCAGCUCGACGCUGUGGCGCAUGCACGAGGUGUAUUGCGCGACGACCAUACAAAACUUUUGGCGCAAAUAUUCAAAGGCGGCCAAAGAGAAGCGGAUGAUCACUGAUGAUACCAGAAGCGACGGGGCCAUAUCGGCUGACGGCCGCGAGACCGCGGUAUUGGUCGAAAGCGACGGUUUCGUCACGAAGAACGGUCACAAGGUGGUCAUACAUUCGAGGUCAUCGUCGAAGAGUUCGAGACUCGCCGACGUCUAAAACAUCGAAAAUAAAUAAUAUACAAAUUAUUUUUAUAUUUAUAUGUAUAUAUAUAUAUAUAUAUAUAUAUAUUAGGGUGGUUCUUAUUUGAGCGAUGGUGGAAUUUUUCUUUUUGACGCCCCCUAAUUUUGUUUAAAAAAAAAAAAAAAAUAAAAAUCUUGAGUCCUAAUUGAGCUUCCUAGGACAAUUAUUUCGUCCUGCUCUAACGAGGAUUUCCUCGUACAAGGUUUAAACUUUAGUUCCCCAUUUAAGAUACAUUGGUUUAUUCGUUUUUUUUUUUUUUUUGAAUUUUACUUAUAUAAGGUAUAAAAAAUUAAUUGAUACGAUAUUUUUCUCGCAUGGAAAUUAUCGAGAAGAAGAUACUUUAUGUGGGGAAAAAAAAAGUUUUUGAGAAUUAUGUGAAAGAAAGUGGUAUAUUUUUAAAUGUUUUUAUUUUUUUUUUUUUAGAAUAAAGUUAAGGGUCAUCCAAAAGGAAAUUCUACCAUCACCCAAAUAAGAACCACCCGACUCUAAUAUAUAUAUAUAUAUAUAUAUAUAUAUAUAUAUAUAUUUUAUAAUCUCUGGUAUUUCUGAACCCUCUGUUUUACUCACGAAUAUCAGUUCUCUCUAAACACAUGCCAAAAAAUUCAUGGAAGAAAAGUCGAUUUAUUGGUGAGUAAGAUAGAAAAUACGAUUUUUGACAUUGCUAUCUUUUUUUCGGGAACGUUAUAUAACAGGUCAACACAAACCUAUCCAUUAUGUAUUAUCUAUAUAUAUAUAUAUAUAUAUAUAUGAUAUACAUUGUAUAUGCUAUAUAGAUAUUUUAAUACGUCCACGAGACUUGCAAAAAAAAAAAAAAAUGUAUUUUUUACAAUAUUUUAUGAUUAUUGGAAAGUUGUAUAGUUUUUGAUUAUUAUAAUAUAAGAAAAAACAUACGAUUGGUGCUUCAUAUCAGUAGCGUAACCUUGGAGAGGCGGUUAUCGGGUCAUAAUCACUUCUACCUCAAGAUUGAUACUGUCCCACGUCCAUCGUGGGAAAAUCCUGGCUACGUGCCUGCUUCGUAUUUUUGUACAUUUUUUAAAUUUAUUUUUUACUAUCACUCGAACAAUUAUGACUUUAUACACAUAUUUGUAAUACCAGUUCGUUGACCGGUAUUUAUUCUUUACGGCCUACCUACAACUAUACCCACCCGACGAAUAUUAUUGUUAUUAUUAGUAUGAUGAUGUAAUUUUUUUUCUUCCAAUUCUCAUAAUUUUAUUAAUGUAAUAAGAAUCAAAAUUAUAUUAUACAUAACGAUAUUUACAGGGUGUCCCACAAUGAUCUGACUCUUGAAAUAACUUUCAAUUUUUUUCUAUUUAAUAGUUUUAAUAAGGUAUGUAUAUGUGUAUACAUACAUCUUUUAAAAUGAUUAGUACGCCAAUGCGUUAGAGUUAUUAACAUAUUAAAAAAACAUUUUUUUAGGUGAGAAAACUUGGAAUGAAAAAUGUUUAACCGUAGUGGCAUAUUAAAUAUUAAAUUAAAUAUUAUUUAAUAUUAUAAUUACCUACAUUAUUGUUAUUUAAUUUGUUAUAAUUUACAUUUAAUAGAAGAAAAUUUAUUUCAAGUGUGGGACACUCUGUAUGCAAGACAAAAUUGAUUAUAAUCAAUCACAGUUGUUUUGGUGAAAUUCAGAUGUUCAAUAGGUGUCUAUUGAACUUAAAAAUGUAUUAAGUUUUUAAAUAUUUGCUUAUACAUGCAUUAUUACGUACCGGAACGUUGAAAGUUUUUUGUUAAAUUGUUAAAUAAAUGCC